CAGCCUCCAUUUCAUCCUGCAAUCAAAACAGUUCUGUUCAAAGUCCAGUUAGCUAUGAUAGAAAUCAGAUCCUUUUUGGCCCCGAAAGGUGUUCACUAUUCAGCUUUUUUUAAAACUUCUGUGCUAGUAUUUUCUCAAAAAAUGUCUUCAAAGAGUCAGAAAAAAGAGAGAACUCUUUUUUAUGACGGCAAGCUUCCUCCACUUCCAUUGCCUACACUGGAACAAACUUGUUACAAGUACUUGUUAUCAGUGAAGCCAUUUCUAAAUGAUGAGGAGUAUAGAACAACAGAGUUUGUUGUUGACACCUUCAGAAUUGGUGUUGGCAAGCGACUCCAUGAAGAGCUAAAGGACAGAGCUAAUAAGCAAAAAAAUUGGCUUUCUGAUUGGUGGGAGGACACAUACGUUUCAUACAGAGGGCCCUUACCUUUCUACUCAAACUUUGGUGGAACAACAGAUUACAGUGCCUUUUGGAAACAGCCAGAAACUGGAUCCCAGACUUUCAGGGCUUCCAUGAGCCUACAUUUUUCCUUGAUUCAGCACCUAAAAAUACAAAGUGAAUUGUGGCCAAUAUCGAAGAUGCAAAAAAGUAUUCCUAUGGACAUGAAAUUGUUUUUUGGCUUUUUUGCAACAGCAAGAAUGCCUGGAGAGCACCGAGACAAGUUGCUUAAUUUUAGCUUGAAAGAUGGGAAACCGUCCUGCACCAAGACACAUGUCGUUGUCAUCAGAAGAAAGAAGUUUUUCGUGUUUGACGCAUUAACAGCAGAUGGGAAAGUCUUGAACGUACCAGAAAUUGAAUUGCAAUUGAAGCGAAUUUGUGAUGUAGCAGAUGCAACUCCUGCGGGUCCAGGAGUAGGCUGUCUUACAUCUACUGACAGAACGACCUGGAAGAAGGUGCAGGAUUAUAUGUUCGCUUUGGAUAGAAGGAAUGCUGAGUUCGUCAACAUUAUCAAUACAUCCUUGUUAGUUUGUGUCUUGGACGAGCAUGCGCCUCGGUCUCAAACAGAGGCCACUACAGAAUGUGUAAUUGGCGAUGCAAGUAACCGCUGGUUUGAUAAAGGCACCCAAAGCAUUUUCUUCAGCAACGGUUACUGCGGAAAUAACAACGAUCAUGCUCAUAUCGAUGGUUUUAUGGCCAGUGAAAUUUUUGAGCACACUUAUGAUGCCUUCAAGUCAGUGACUGGCAAGUGGGAGGGACCGACUAACAUUAGAGACCUCUCUAUGCCAGAGGAACUUGAGUUUUAUGUAGACGAUUAUGUGACAAGUGAAAUCGAGACAGCACGAAUAAAACACGAUGAAUUGAGAAAGCAAGCUCGGCAUAUUGAUAAGCCAAUCAUCAAUUUUGGCAAAACUUUUGCCAAAGAUGUUUCUCUACACCCCGACUCACUGAUACAAAUGGCAAUACAGCUAGCAUAUUACAGACUUCACAAGAAGGUGGUGCCAACUUAUGAGACAGCAACGACUCGACAAUUUCAAGAUGGCCGUACAGAAACUUUGAGAGUUUGUACAUUGGAAAGCAAACGAUUUGUUGAAGCAAUGGAUGAUGCUUCUUACAGUGUGGCUUCUAAAGUACGGCUCCUCCGCAAUGCUUGCGAGCAGCAUUCGAAGAUGAUGAAUGAGUGCUGCAACGGGCAAGGCAUAGAUCGUCACCUUCUUGGCCUAAGGAUUCUUGCUAUGCAGGAAGGUCUCGAUGUUCCAAUGAUUUACCGCGACAAAGCGUGGAAAAGAAGUGGCGGUGAUGGAAACUUUGUGCUGUCGACAAGUUUAUCUGGGUACAGAAGAGUUCAUGGGGGUAUGGGACCGAUGACUCAAGACGGAUAUGGAGUUUUUUACACGAUGGAAAAUGACAUGAUUCAUAUAUGUGUGGGCACAUGCGACGAUGAGAAGACGAAAUGUUUCGAAAUGCGGGAGAGAAUUGAAGAGGCGCUUCUAGACAUGCGAACAAUUCUUUUUAAUCACAAACUUUAGUUUUUUAAAGAUACUUUUUUGUAAUGCUGCUUAAUACCAUUCUGGUUCUGAAUGAAUUUGUAACUAAAAGUUUUAUUAUCAUUAAAGUAUGAUGAUGUUUUUA